CUCUAUUAUCGUUAAUAUACCUAGGUUCUUGCCUAGAGGUAUUGGUGAUCCACUGCUACUAGACUCGGAAGCUCGUUAGGCGAAAGCUUUUAUGUUGUAAAGAUCCAGUUGAACCAUUUAAACCAUUUGAUUUGCGCGCUCUAUUUGGAGAUGAAGUUACUUUCAGACGUGGUGCUUCGGAAUUUUUGUAGUGUAUUGUUUUUUAGCACCUGAUAUCAGUAAGCUAUUAUUUAAAAAAAUUGGAUACCUAUGUGCUCUAUUCAAAUUUCAUAAUGGAACAUUUUUAGGUUCCUUUCCAUAUUUUGUUGGUAGUUAUAUUAUAUCGGCUUUUAACGAUUUUCUGGUCAUUCAAAAUCAUCAGUUAGUUAAUAAAGUUAUUUUAAAUUAGACACUUAGAUUAUACCAUAUGAAUAUUUUAGACGUGAUCGACGUGUUAUUUAUCAUUAUUGUAUGCCGUCGCUUUGAAUUCAGAGUAGAUGAUUUCGUGGCGAGACUAAUUUAGCGACGACCUUUGAUCGAAUCUUAAAUGACCCUGACAAUUAUUAGCCAAUCAGAAGACAGUUAGUAUAAAGUGAGAAUAUAUAGUAAGUAAGGAAUGAAUUACAGUGGAUAUUCUUCUUUUACAUGAUUUAAAAACUUAAGGUUUGAUAAAGGUUCAGAGGCUCUGAAUUCAUAAUGCAUAUGGUAUAGAGAUUCGUUCAUAGGGUUAGUGGUUAGGGUUGUAGCCUAUAGUUAGGGUGCUAACAUGCGAUCAGUUUACAACGGAUUUUAGAGGUUAGGGUUAGGGGUUAUGGUUAGGGUCAGGGUGGGUUUGAGGCCUCUCAAAAAACACCUCUUCUCCAAAAUCGGAUGUAAACCGAUCGCAUGUUACCACCUUAACCUCAACCUUAACCCUAAACCCUAACCUUAACCCUUACCCUAAACCCUAACCUAACCCUAAGCCCUAACCUUAACCUAACCCUAAACCCUAAUCCAACCCUAACCCCUAACCUUAACCUAACCCUAAACCCUAAUCUAACCCUAACCCUAAACUCUAACCUAACCCUUAACCCUAACCUUAACCCCAAACCCUAACCCUAUGGACGAGUUUCUAUACAAUAUGCAUUAUGAAUUCAGAACUUCUGAGCAUUUAUCAAACCUCAACAAGUUUUUAAAUCAUGUAAAAGAAGAAUAUCCACUGUAAUUCAUUACUUUCUUGUAAUAUAUUUUUACUUUAUACUGUCUUCUGAUUGGCUAAUAAUGGAAAUUGCUCAAACGCUUCUCAUUGGCUCGUCCCUAAAUUAGAGUUCCGCCGUCCCAUCUGUUUUAACCUCUCAUUAAUCACCUCCUCUCUAAAAUCCGCUGUGAACCGACCAUAUGUUAGCAUCGCGUGUUGAACUUGGCUCCGUGACCUUGAAACUGCUCAAACGCUUCUGAUUGGCUCGUCGCUAAAUUAGAGUCUCGCCGAUUUCGUUUUUAAUGAAUCACAGUGAUAGUCCAACUAGUUUGAAGCCUUAUUUUUGUUGAUGCCAGUUCGUUCUUUAAGAUCUUCGAUGGAUUAAACACUGUCAGACAAUUCGAAUGACUAGAAUUGUUAAAGUCCAUAAUCUCACUAGCUUUAAUUCAGGAUAUCCUAUUCAAUAUAAUCUACAUAACUGCCUGUUCAUCAGGUAGUCCUCACUCUGCAGGGCAUUAUUCUACUUAUAUGCACUUCACACAGUGGCUACGUAGCCAUAUUUAUAUAUAUGCUGCUAUAGUUUAUCGAGCAUAUACGAACAGCGUUCAGUGUAUGGAAGUCAGUCAGUAACAACGACUGACUCCUUACACAUAUACCGGAUCUCCUAAGAAGAGGUUGUCGGUAAUAGGAAGCAACCAAAAUAAAAUAAAUUCAUGAGUCAUUGAAAUGAAAAUCAAAAUUUAAGGUUAAGUGUCAUAGGGGUAGAUUUCCGGUUUCUGUCAGUAUUUGUUUUAACUCCGAUUUUUGUCAUCAUCAGUUCGUUUUGAUUGCUAUACGAAACCCGAUCAGCCUACUGCAUAGCGAUGAAAACUGGGAAACUGGUCUUUUGAUAAUCUUGAUCAAACCAAACAUGUUUCUAGUGACUUUCCAUCUAAAUGCGAAAUAUUACUUCAGGAUUAGUCUGCAUCAGUGCCUAAACUGGUCAUACAGAGAUGGGCAGUUGAGAGCGUAAAUCAAUUAACUUAUCUUGGAAGUCCCUCUAACCUUGGUGCGUUGUUGUGUAACGAAUUCAAAAAGCUUCCCCGACCGACUUACAUCACUCAUAGCGUAGAUAAAAUGUCUUUAUGCUGUACAGCAGUUUUCUCCGUUUUACCCUUUGACUAUGUAAGAUAUUAGUGGGUUAUUAGUAUUUUAUCAUAUAUGCCUUCGAAGGAUUGUUCACCUGUUUGAGUCAAAAGGUAGGAUGCUGAGAUUGGAUAUAGUGCACUGGACAAAAAUGUCAGAUCGGUUGAUAAUUUAAUGAAUCUUCGUUGAUUGAGGUGAUCAAGAUUGCGUACCUGGACGCGCGAUACUUGCUGGAGUAGAAACGAGUUUGAAAAAGCUAGUGUCUAGACCAGGACGUGAAUCUGGUCUAUGAAAACACUAUCUUACUGAACCUUAUAGGGAGGUGCAAACUAUCAGGUCGAGAUCUGCCCGCUUAUUGUAACCAGUAUUUAAAGACGCCUAGUGACAUGAUCCGAAGUUAUAAAAUUAUUUUGUACCCUUUGUUCUUCCACUUAUCGUUAGUCAUAUUUUCUAUACCCAGUGUUUUUUCUGUCACUGAUACUUUUAAUUAUACUACCUUGGUAUUCAUCUUGGUAAUUUCGUCCCGUUGUAGUGAUGUGGUGUUGAAACUUGUACCGAUAAACAUUUGUGUCAGGUUUUACGAUGCUUGUGACUAACAGGGGAUUUGAAGUCUCGGCCAUGAUCCAUAUUUAUCAUAUGAGUACUAAUACAAGUGUCUGGUUGCCAAUAUCUUGUUAAGCACGUUCAGGUACGAUAAGCAUAACGUUAGUUGAGCACUGUUGAGAACUGUUAAACUGUACCUGGAUAUUCAAGUUCUGCAACAUUUGCAAGAAACAGUUUGUUGUAUUUGGUUUUCUUCAUUUUAUAGGUUUACGUACUGUAUCAAACAGUGAAAAUUUAAGAAUGAAUCAAAGUAAACUAGAAUGACGCGCAUUUGUUGUACAUUUUGUGAUAUGUACUUCGGAAAACCAUCUCGACUUGAGGCACAUCUGAGAAUCCACACUGGAGAGGUAAAACAUAUUUCAAGUUACUUUUAAAUAACGAGACCAUUACUUAUUGAUUCUUUUUCAAAAUGUUUUUACCCAGUUUCGAACAUUUUUUUUACCCUAAGUGAUUGAAAGCUGUUGAGAUUAUAGCUAUGGCAAUACCGUUUAAUAAAAAAUAGUUUGAAGCACUAAGCUUUGAGCUACAUAUUUUGUCUCUGAUUAGAGGUACCACCUAGUUUAGUGAUAUGAAACCGGCUUUAAGAUUCGCCCAGGUUGGUUAGUUAUUAACACUUGUUACAAUCUUAAACAAUCUAACAGAUUUUUUUAUUAUAUCCUGUGCGUCAUAUCUGUACUAUUAGUUAACCAGGGUUGUAAUAUAUUUUAUACAUCAUACAUUGAGAGUUCGUCGGCAGAUAUUCCUGUCAUAUAUGGUAAAUUUUGUCUUAAGAUCUGGUCUUUAAGCUAGAUAUUUAUUUACAUUUCGACUACUUUUAGGACUACCAAAUCAUCGACCCAUAGUGAAAACUAGUUCUUGUCUCGCUCUGUACGAGUCCGCAUUAAUUCUCAGAAAUGCUUAAUUCAUAAAACCCUAUUAAAAAUGUACAUGAAACUCUUCAUAACAACAUAUGUAUUCCAUCCAUUGAAUGUACGGUCUGAGUCCAUGGAAACUUUGUUUAAUAAAACCCGGAGUACAUCAGUUUUAGUCCUUUUAGUAUAUUCUUAAUUUAUUGGAAUGCGUUUGUCUCACCUCCAUCCUCAACAUCCAUAAAACUCUUCAGAAGUUAGGCUCUUUAGUUUCCUCGUUUCAAGUUUUUCUAGAAUGGUCUGUUCCAACGGUGUUCCUAAAUACAGUUCACCGAUGACCUUGUAGAUAGUAAAUUGGCAAUUUGAGAGGGCUAAGGACCUGACAAAUUCCAUAUUCUCAUCAACUGAAGAGCUUGGUGAUCAUCUGGACGUCGUUGUAGUCAUCAUGGCUCUUACGGAAACUUUUGGUCCACUUGAAACAAGUUGUUUUAUUAAUUGUCAUCCCCGUAAACCUCUUGAUGUUUCACUGCUUUCCCAAUAGUCUCUCCCAAGUUCUACCAUUUCAGGUAAGUUCGCGUAUUUAGUCAGCAAAGUGGUUACACUUACAUAUCUUAACACUUGUGAAUUUUUAUCUUUCUAAUCUGAUGCUAAGAUAUGUCAGGAAUACUAGCUGACAAAUUUAUUAAUCUGGCAUUAUUGUGUAAUUGGUUUACUGAGCAAUUGCCUCGUUUUAUCAGUACACCUAGAGGAAUUUACUGUGCUUUCGACUAUUACUAAAAAUUGCUGUUAUUGAGUCUUAUCUAUGCAAAAUACCAUUUAAAUCAGAAUUAUCCCUCGAUGUGUCUGUACGAGAUUUCUAGGUGAUAUCGGCUUGUUUUCUUAUUACCUUGGUAAACCUAUGACUUGUUCUUAAUGAAUAUGUUUUCGUGAUAUCCCAAUGAGUAGAAAAUUGUAUUUCUGACGUUUCGCGACUUAAUCUAAGCCAUUUUUUUCAGAGUAAAUAAAAUGACUUGUUCGUUUAGAUCUUCAACUGCUAACUUCUGGAUAAUAGGUCUAAAUCUUACUGAGAUGGUGGAGAAGAUUUGUAGCUCAGGUGGAUGAUUUUGGUGGAGUUUUGUUCUCUGAGCUGGAUGGUUUGGUCGUGGAGCUUUCAUCGUUCUUCUGAACAACAUCAUCAGCACAAACUUCAGAUAGAAGUGAAGUGUUAGAAUUUCUCCAUAUGUGUCUCAAAGCUUGUUCUGUGCACCUCGACGUUGAUUGGUUCUUAUUGACCUUAAAUUUGUCGUUGUUUACUUCUUUGUUUUGGUUGUGUCUCCCAUUGUUUUGAUUUUUGUUCUUAUGUUUGUGCAUGAUUUUUCUGAUUGGUUGAUAAAUUGGAUUGAUUUCAAUAUGCUUGUUGAUUGCUGAUUGACCUGAGUGCCAGGCUUCUAAAAAUUCUUCGGUGUUUUUGGAGUUUCCUCUGUCUAAGAUUUCCACAUUUUUCCAAUCGAAUGAGUGUCCGCAGUUGUCCACGUGUAUUGAUAUAAGUGAAGAUAUAUCAUGCCGUUUGACUGCUAAUUGAUGUUCAUGUAGGCGAAGGUGAAGGGGGCGUCCGCUUUGUCCGAUGUAGUGUUUUUCGCAGUUGGCACAAUUUAUCUUGUAGAUGAUGUUUGAUUUGUUUUCCUUUGUUAUUUCAUCUUUUGGUUUGCAUAAGAUUGAUUGUAGUGAUUUUGUCGGUUUGUGUGCCACACCUAUUCCGAAUGUUUUCAGCAGUCUCGCAGAGGUUUCUGAUAUUCCUUGUAUAUAUGGUAGGGUGAUCCUUUUGUUGAUUUUUGUGCUUGACUUGAGUUCUAAUGCUGCGUGCGGUUGGUAUUUUUUGAUGAAGUUGACGGGGUAGCCGUUCUUCUGAAAUACAUCCUUUAGGUAUUUCUCUUCAUUUCUUCGUGCUACCAGUGUAUUUAGUGAGGUUUGUGUCAACCACUCAAUCAAAUCCCCUACACAAUUCCUGGACCAAAUUAAGGACAUCCAAAUCAACAACGACGAACUGAUGAUAUCCUUCGACGUGACAGCACUAUUCACCUCAAUUGAACCAAAAUUAGCAAAAGAAACUAUAUCCCUGCUGCUCAACAACGACACAAACCUCACUAAAUACACGAAGCUUCAAAUUCAAAGUCUACAGGAACUCAUCAAUUUAUGCCUAACAACAUACUUUCAAUUCAACAACAAAAUCUACGAACAAACGAAAGGGACACCAAUGGGAUCACCAAUAUCAGGAUUGAUCGCAGAGGCAGUGAUGCAAAGACUAGAAGCCGCUAUAUUACCUGUGAUCAAACCAAAAAUUUGGAUUCGCUACGUAGACGACACCUUCGUCAUCGUCAAAAAGAAUGAACUAGAAAACACUUACAACCUGAUCAACGUCUUCGAUGACAUCAAGUUCACCAUGGAACAGGAGUCAAACAACCAACUAGCAUUCUUGGAUAUAUUGAUCAUGGACUUCUGUAUCUUGAAGAAACAAAUGGCGUAUGAACCAAUUAUUGGUCAUCGGCUACUAUGGGAUUGCAUCUUCUGACGUUACUCCACUGCCUUAUGGAUCAGAUCUUUAGGUCUAAAACUCCGAGUGUGGCUCCAUAAAAAAACCACCUGCUUCGGUUUGGGAACCCGGGUAGUAUCACAGCCUACACACAAAUUAAGUGACUUGUGUGGUGCAUAUGUAUUCGGUGCCCUUUCGUACCAAAAUUUGUGUUCAAAUAAAUAAAUAAGUUAAUAUCACUUUGCAUAUGCUAAGGAUUUUUUCGAUUUUAUGUCUAACCAAGUUUGAUUUGUAUGUUAUGCAGUUAGAUUACAAUAAAUUAAACUCCCUGUUUGUAAAAAUCAAAUAAUAUUUUCCGAGCUUUGUGACGAAUCGCACAGUGUCAUUUAAUAACAAUAAUUUCGCCAGUUUUUCUUAUGCUGAAUGUCUGUUUAGUUUUCAAAAUAACUAGUCUAGUUGGCUUCCGAAAUAGGAAAGUAAUUAAUACUGUUUAAACUACAUUUUCGUGCCCACUCAUGAUCAUACUACAGGUCAUUUAUAACUUUAUGAGUAGUUGGUGGUUAAACUGUUCAAUCUUUAUCCAUUUGGUCGUGUUUUACCUAUUUCUGUUUGGACAUUCGUGUUGUAUAAUAAAAAAUAAUUAAUACAUGUCGCGUUACGGUGACGAAAUUCUUAAUAUACAUCGGUGUGUGUGUUGGCGAAACCUGUGAAAUGACUCAGUUCAAGUCAUGUUCAGCAUAGCAUUCGUAAAGUUAACAAAUCCAUCUUUUCUCAUUGUUCACUCCACUGCUAGCGUCCAUAUGUGUGUAUUUGUGGUAAAACCUAUACACGGAAACAACAUUUAACUCGUCACGCUUCAAAAUGUCCCAAAACUAUUCCAGAAAACAACUUAUCUAAUCAAAAGGAGCCAGUAAGAGUCGAAAAAACCUAUUCGUGUUCACAAUGUUCUGCUGGACCUUUUCAAAAAAAGAAAAUGGUAUCGGCUCAUAUGGCUAUAGUUCAUGGGUAGGUGCUACCAUUUUUGUUUUGGUACUAUUAUUUGUAAAAAGUUCAUUUUACGGUUAUGUAUGACCCUUAUUCUUUUCUUAUUUAAAUGGUCUUCAACCACUGGAUCAAAAAUUAGUUUUCAUUACCUACGUUAGUUUCAGGGGCUACACAGAAGUACCGAUUGAAUGAACUAAAGUGUCAUGAUUCACGCCUUCAUGCACAAUUCAGUAUUCGGUUGCUAACAGUGUAUUAACUUAGUUUGUUCCGUUUUAUGUUUGUAUAUAAUCGUGGUGAGACUGUAUUCAACUAUUUAAUAUCCAUGAGUACAAUUAAUACUAUUUCGUUCUCAGAAAACGAGUGUAACCGUAUGAUUCGCUGCUUUUCCUUCUCACUUGUAUGCCUGUAGUGGAUUAUCUUCGGGAUAAUUUCUAUUACUUCCUAUAUCACUCAUCCUGUUAACCGUUAUUAGAUAGCUUUCAUCAGUGUAUAAGAUUGAAUACAAUCCAUUGAUGUUCAAAGCAGAUCACAAGAGAAUGAGUCGUUGAGCCAUUUAACAUCGUGAGAGGGAUAUGCAUACAGACUGUAAAAUGUGAUCAAGCAUUGAUGUUCAUACAGACAUGAUGAUAAUUUUAAAAAGGUAUAAAUGAAUUAUUUCUGUUGGGACUGAUAAGUCGUGUGGAUUGGACGCUAUAUUAGUUUCCUAAGCUAUUCCGGUGACCCGCAGUCUAGAACUACGCAGCGACUUGAACACCAGAGAGAAGACACAAGUAUGAGAGAAAAUACUUUAUCCCAAGGUUCAUUUUUGUACAGAAAAUCAUAGUUAUUUAUAGUUGUUGGCGUCUGUUAAAUCAACAUCAUAUUUCAGCCAAUCCGUUAACGACAUAUUAUGCUACCGACCAAUAGUAGCACUCCACAUUGGAAUUCCAGAACGUUCCAUCGUGCUCUGAUUGGCUAGGUUCCUUCGGCUCCUUUUGGGCCUCUGGAGGCUCCGUUGAAGUUCUCCGGAAGCCGACUCAACAGGGAUGACACUGUCAAACAUGUUAAUUGAAGGGCUUAACAAAAUUGAACGUCUACGGACUGAAGUGUAGAUAAGGUGCUAUAUUUUAUCGGGCAGUCUUAGGUACACUCCUUUUAUCACAGAAACUUUUCCGGAAAAAAUGUAUUCAGUUAGUCCUAAACUAUCUGUAAAAAUGUACCACUGAGUCUGUGCGGUUAUAUUUUUCUGUAUAACGUAUUUUCAGUAAACACUGGAUCAAAUGUUUAAGCUAAAGACUGCAGUAUUUUUCUCCAAUGGAGGCAUUCUUAUAGUAGCAAUUGUAAACUUUUAACUAAUAACGUUAAUAAUAAAUCUAUUUUCUAUUAUAUUCAUGUGAGUAGAUAUAACCGAAUUCGGUUAGUUAUUUACUCUAGAAAAGUGGCUAACAUUAAGUCACAAAAAGCCAAAAGUACAAUUUUUCUAUUCAUCGGGAUAUAACAAAAACAAUGUUAACAGUUCAGUUAAUACAAAUACAAGUAGAAAGGAUUCCUUCAGUUCUAGAAGUUCCUAUCACUUCUAGGAAGGAAGUUACAGAAGUGCCGCAACUGGACUCUAUUCUUAGUCAUGUCUGGUAACAUGUCAAACCAAUGUGUUUGCUUUCUCUGUAGUAUUCCGACUAGGGAUUUAGCGGGGCCCAAUAUUUUGUCGUCACUUAGGUCGGACGAUGUUUGUCGAUGGGCUCCCCACCUUAGUGGCCCGAGAUCUGAUUCCAAUUAGAUCGUAUGAAUGAUUGCUGUUGAAAUGUAUAUGUCGCCUAUCCUCGUAUAUAAUCAUCGACUUAAAUCGCGUUAGUCAAUAACGAAAUGGUGGUCUAACUUCAAUUGAUUCACGAUUUCAACCAGUGGAAUUAAAUAAGUCAAAUAACGAGAAUGGGCUUUUGAAUACAUAUAUUUUGUAUAUGAAGCGAAUGGAAUGGAACGAAGCAAAACGACUCGCAGUGAAGAUGGCGGGUAAGCCAACUCCAUUUAGUCAAGCGUUAAUCAAUAUUUAUAGUUACACAAAAAUAGGCUACAGACAUGUAGUGAAUAGGAUACGAAGUGUACACACACAUAUGCGCUCAUAUAAAAACAGUCAUGAUUGGUAAGCGAAUGUAUAACACGGUCAAAAUAUGACUCAAGUAGAAUGAGUAGAUUGACCUGUCUGAAAGCUAGAAUAAGGUAUAUGGGCUUGACAUAAUAACCGGCACUACAGGGAGUCGUGAGUUCGACAGAUCCCAGUCAUGUACUGCUAUCUUCCAUAUCACAACAUCAUAUCAUAAACUGGCCACCUCUCCUUUUUACAACGUGUCCUAGUCCCUGUAAUUAAUUCACGAUGUAAGAUUCGCUGGGAUGUCAUGGGGAGUGUCUCUGGUGUCACCUCAUCAUAAAUGCUCAUUUCGAUUUGCUAUUCUUUUAAAUGUCGUUUGAUGAAUUCCGUUGUAAGCUCCCAAAUUAUCGUGCAAAUUAGAUCGCUAUCGUUGAUUAGUAGAGUGGUUGUGAACCUAGUUGAAGCUUUUCAAACUCCAUCUUAGAAAGUUGACGGUGAGGAAUUUUUGUAGUUUAAUGAUCACUAUUAUAUGUCCAACUUGAAUUGAACUGAGCUGUCGUCUAAAAAACAGGUGUUCAGGCCGAAAGUAAUUGGGUAUGUUUUUAACGCAUCCUAACCGUUGUAGUUGAUAUACACACUUAUAAGAGAAUCAAUUGAUUUGUGAUACUGUGAAUCAUCUUAUCCAGGAAGUGGGAAACCUAAUAUGAAGUUUCUUAAUAAAACUAUAUAUAUCAUCUAUUUUACAUUAAUACAUUAUUCAAGCGAACGGAAGCAUGUAUGUGACAAAUGCGAUCGAGCGUUUCCUACGGCAUCUAAGCUUAGACGUCAUUCAUCAAAACAUCAUGGUUACACAUGUAAGCUGUGCUUUGAACAACUAUCUGAAAACCCUGAAAACGAUGAAUCAGUUGCUCUCAAACCCAUUCAUUUUGAAAGUUUUGCGUGUUUGAGACGCCAUAUUGCUGAAGCUCACCCCAAAACACCUUUGCAAUGUCCUUCUUGUAAUAUGCGUUUUACAAGACCUGCUGCACUAGCAGAACACAAAUCUACACAUACCCCUGGUGGACCGUCUGUAAGACGACGUUUUAUUUGUCCUUUAUGCUCACCUGAUGUUACUGGUGAUAAAGAUAAUUCCAACUCACAAGAAAAAGAUUGUCUUGUUGCAUUUACAGCCAAAAGAAAUUUAGAUGCUCAUAUGCGUUUAGUGCAUGCUAACCUUAAGUUUCCAUGUACAUGGCGUGGAUGUCCUGUUCUUUUGUCUACCAAACAAAAACUGAAUGAACAUAUGGAACGUCAUCGACUAGGCAAGUCAGUUGCUUUCAAAAGCCGAAAUAGACGUAAUUCACGUAAUGAUUCAAGUAGAAGAUUUAAUGAUAAUAAAAACUUAUCAAUGAAUAAUAAUGAAGAUUAUUGGGAAACAGCUAGUCAAAAUAGCAUUAUAGCACUGUUAAGUGAUGUAAUUGAUUGUUCAGCUAAUCAAAUUUAUUAAUUUUUUAUGAAGUUAGUUUCAUUAUUGUAUAUAAUACUAUUUCGAACUGAACAGAACAAGAAGAAAGGAAAACAGAUAUGUAAUUAAAAAUUUACAGAGUAUUUAUAUAUUUUAUUUAUAUUUACAUAUAUUUUCAAAUUAACAAAGUGUAUCAAAUGAUACAGAAAAUAAUAAUAAACAUUUAUAUUAUACUACUUAUUACAAUCAAUUUGUUACUUAUAGUAAUUAGCUUAUUAGUUAAAAGAAAAUCUAAUUGUCAUAUGCUCAAUAGUGAUUAACUUCGUGAGGGAAUUCUUGGAGUUGUAGUAAGAGGCCAUGACCAGUGGAACUAAUGAGUGUAGAGACAGGUAUCUACUUCAGUACAAUGGGAAAUGGUCGUGGAUUGGUAGAGGUUAAACAUUAACACCGUCGGAUGUCGGCUCAGUGGUCUGGUGGUUGGUCGUUAGCGUGGGAGACUGAAGACCUUGGGUCUGAAUCCCAUGAAGGGGAUCGCGGGUGCGCACUGCUGAGGAGUCCAAAUAUAGGACGAAGCGGUCGUCCAGUGCUUCCAGGUUUUCAAUGAUGGUCUAACAUCAAUCGGUUCAUGAUCUCAAUCAAUAAUUGUCAAAAGAUGGCCUAUACAAAUUCAAUGUAAAACUAAACAGAUCUUUGUGUGUUAAAUGUGUAUUCAAAACUUUUUUUCAUUUAUUUAUUUGAACACAUAAACUGUUAAGUUUGUUUUACAUUGUUCCUGUUCAUUCCUUUUCUACUCUUUUGUAUGUUGGUUUAUACUACUUAUUUAUAUUCAGUAAGCAGUUGUAUGCCCAACAAUUUUCACAAUUAUGUUGUAACUCAGGUUGUACUGUAACAUUCUGGAAUGUUCACAUAUAUCUUUAACGUUUAUUUUACUUAUCAUUGUAUUUAUCAUUAUAAUCACUGUAAUUUAAUUACUGUAACGGUUAUCCACAGUUUUAUCCAUUUGUUUAAACGCAACAGUUUCCAUAUUGUUUGCUCUUGGUUCGGUUUUCGGUUGUUCAUAAACUGUUAUCAAAUUUAGACACAGCUAUCGGCUGUCUUUGGACUAUCGUAUGUUAUAAUCAUUCUUUAUGUUACUCUUACAGGAAGCCUUUGCUAUUUUCAUUCUUGAACGACGCGUUUUAACGCCUAGACACCUCACAAGUUGAGGUUUGUAACUAAAUUUUGUGUAUUAUUUAAUAAAGAACCGCUUUUGUAGACAAGUCGUUGUUUUGGAACUUCGAUUUUGCGCGUAUCUCAAUCGGUGUUACUUGGACGCUUCGAUAGAAUUAACAUAAACAUUAGUACAAGGGUGCACCAAUUGCAUAUGCGUCACAUUAUAACAUUGAGGUUGUAGAGAAAUGGAGAAUGGAGGGUGAGUAACUAUGAAUAUAAAUUAGGGUGUUAGAGUGAAGUAAUAAUAACAAUAAUAUUGAUAGUGGGAGAAGCAGUUCAGUUAGGAAAAAUACAUCCACUUUUAUGAGGAAAGUAAAAGUACAAUAGAAUCACUUCUGAUUUUUAUUAUGAACCAUGUCCAAUAACGUUGCGUCCAAGCCAGCAAAGUUAUUAUUUCAAGCAAUUGCUUUUUCUCACAUACUCUUACGGUUCGUAAAACAAUAAAACGAUCUCAUUUGUAAAUUAAGUUGUGGUUUCAAUAUAAAUUCAUUUUACUCUCCAAAGCCACUAAUAAUUUAUCUACCCUAUCUACAAAUUCGAUUAUGAUUAUAACGAAUACUACGACAUUCAGUUAACAUUUCUGUCACGCAACUCAAACUGAAGUUAUGACAGUUAAUUAUGAGGUUUUUGUAAGUUAUAGGGUGAUCUUAUGAAAAUUUCAAGAAAAUAGCAUAUAAUGAAUAAGUUAUAAUUGUUUGAAAGGACAAAAUUUGAUACAAUAUUUGAAACUGCAUCUGACCAACCUCAUUAUGUGGUUUUUAAACACUAAGAACUUCUGAAUAAACCACUUUGAAAACAGUUACAUUAUGAUAUUAUCAGAAGUAAAUGGAAAGGAACCUACAUAACAUUAAAGUAGGAUUGAGGAUUGAUGUGUGGCUAGUGAAGUGAAAUGUGAUUAGCUACUGAGAGUGGACAAACAAACACUUAUCUUACUGACUAUUAUAUAUGUGACUUCUUUUCUUGUUAUUGGUCCAUAAUUUGGAUUCAGUGAGAGAGACUGCUUGUAAUUGUGUGGUCUAAAGUAUUGUCCAGUGUUUAUUCUGGUUUUCUACUUUUUGUCAUGAAUCGGCCAUCUGAUGUAAUAUGAUCCAGUACGUGUAUCGUUCGAGUAACCAAUCUUGCGGUAGUAUAAACUCAGUAACCACUCUUAUCAUAGUAAAGCAAUAUAUUGUGGGGACAACCAAGUAUAAUAACUCUUUAGUUAUAUCAG